AUUUUGAAGGUGGAUACGAAGAAGGGGUCAUCCCUGCAAGGCUGCAACAGUCCCCAUUUUUCCAUGAAAACACGAACUCCUUCAUUUCAAACGAUCGAAAAGCGUAUAGAGAUCGAAAACUAUUUUGCGUUUCGCUUUGUUCCUUCUCUCACUCUCUCUUUGCAUCUUUAAUCCUUCGAUCCGGGUUGAUUCCUCUUUCAACCAGAACCCUAGGUUUUUGGAGUUCCUUAAAUUAGCUCAAAACCCUAGGAUCCGUGUUAUUCGAUAUCUUACAGAGCUUUCAUUCUCCUCUGAUUUUGAGAUUAUAUUUUUAAGAUGUUGUAGAAUGUCAGUUUCGAGUUCUGUUUCAGUAAAUGUAUCUGUGAUUCGACCUUGAUUGCUAGCGAAAUUUGGCUGAGUGACAGGAUUUGAGGGAAUUUAGCUGCGAAUGGUCCAUGUGACAUUGAAUCGCUUUCUGCGGUGGCUUUUAGUAUAGACUGAGCUGGAUCAGAGAAUGAAAUAGCUUGAUAUCAUCUGGGCUUUUACAUUUUUCUUGACUCUUGCUAGCGGAGGGUUUUGAAUUCGCUUAGACAUGACACCCAUUAGUGGAUGGUGCUUAAGGAGUAGUUGUCCUUUUUCUUGCACCGGAUUUUCUGAUUUUAUCACUUAUGCUUUACUGGUUUGAGGCGUGGAAUGGUUCUGAAUGAAUUAUUUAUUUGCGAAAAAAUUUUGCGGGGAUAAGCGUUUUGGAGUUAACUUGAGUGGCCAUACAACAUCUGAUUGUCAGUUAAUUGUCACGGGCUCGUAGUUUUGCGUCUGGAGCUUUAAUCUGACAAUUCGUGGCUUUUGUGAUUGAAACAACACUGUAUUUGUUCUUUUUUUGGUGCUGUCUUUAAAUUUCGGCAGAAUGAGCAUGGAAAAUGAGGGCCAACACCUACCGGAUCAGCUUACUGUAACUGUAAGGGAGGAUAUCGAAUCACAAAAGAAUGUAAGAAUCUCAUAUACAAGAGAUUUUCUGUUAUCUCUCGGUGAAUUGGAUGUCUGCAAGAAAUUACCCAGGGGAUUCGAUCCAUCAAUUAUAUGCGAAUUCGAGGAUGCUUCCCAAGAUAGGCUGAGGAGUUCUGGCAGUUUGCCAUUGCAUGGCUUCAGGCGUACUGAGUACGGUUCUUCCCCACCUACGAGAGGGGAGACAAGUAGUUAUUCUCGAAGUAUCCCUGGAAGGUGGGAUAGUCGUUCUACGGGGAAAACCGAUAGAGACAGUGAUUCACAAUCUGAUCGUGAUUCAGAUUCUGGAAGGCAUUAUAGCAACCAAUCUCGUCGUCCAUGGCAAGGUCCUGAGCACGAUGGACUUCUUGGAAGUGGAUCUUUUCCAAGACCUUCUGGAUAUACUGCGGGGGCAACUGCGCCCAAAUUUCGUGCAAAUGAUCAAUACCAGCUGAAUAAGUCUAACGAGCCAUAUCAUCCACCUCGACCGUACAAGGCAGUACCUUUCUCUCGGAGGGACAAUAAUGAUGCAUUCAACAAUGAAACAUUUGGUUCUUCAGAGCUUACAGUUGAGGAUAGAGCCGAAGAGGAAAAAAAGAGAAGAGCUUCCUUUGAAUUGAUGAGGAAGGAACAACAGAAAGAAUUCCAAGAGAAGCUGAAGUUGAAUCUUAACAAGCCUAAAGAUGAGUUUGAUAUCACAACAUUGUUAGACAAUCCCAAUGAUGAUAAGGGACAUAUGAACAGGAAAAAUGAACCAGAUGAACUCGUGAAGCUUGCAGCUUCAAAUUCUGAUUCGGAUAAGCCUUCUUUCCCCUCUCACACUCUUGUAUCCAGACCACUUGUGCCACCAGGGUUUGCGAGCUCAAUGUCUGAAAAGAAUAUUGCCAACAAAUCUCUACCUCAUUCACACUCAUUGGAGGUUCACAAUCCCGAUUUCGAAGGUGACCUUCAGUCUGCCAAAAGCACUCGUCAGUCAAAUGGAACUUCUCAUAAUCAAGAGGAGAAACGAUCUUUAAAACCAAUUGGUUUAAGUGAGCAGCAACUGAAAAGUGAACAAAAUAUUAUCUUAUCAUCAGUGAUAGACAUCUCAAAUAAGAAAACGAGUGUGGAUGGUCAAUCAUUCGCAACUUCUAAUCUUUCUGAGGCUUUUGAAGGUUCAGAGGGUAGUAGUCAGAUGGGAAUUGAUGCUGAGGAGAUAACGGGGAGUAAAUAUGUGCAUAAUUUCAAUAUGAAUCACUCAAUUCUGGACCAGCUUCUUGGGGGUGCCUUGGCACUGAAUGAGGGUGGCUCUUCCAGCUUCACUGAGAAUAAUGAUGGUAAAGCAGAUGAUAACUUGAGCAAUGGUACUUCUCAUUCAUCAAAGUUUGCCCAGUGGUUUUUCGAAGAAGAAAAGAGGCCAGUUGAUGAUCACUCUUCCGGCAGGCCGAAUGACUUGCUCUCAUUGAUUGUUGGUUGUGAGAAAGAUGGUUCCCAUGAUUUAGAUGUGAAAUCUACUGAGAACAUCACCUCAAAGCUUCCCUUUCAUAUAUCUGAAAUUGCUAGCACUCAUGCAACUCCAACUUUAAAGUCUCCCAAUGUUGAAAACUCCGAGCAUCUUUACCCAAUAAAUAAGCCAGAGGCAGUUCCAGCUGUCCUUACAUGUGAAGACCUUGAGCAGUCAAUUCUCUCAGAAGUCACUGAGAAUGGUUCAACUUUGCCUCCACCUGUGCAGAGCUCCAAUGUUCCCAGUGCCAAAACUGAAGGACAAAAAUCUAACAUUGAUGAUCAUGCAUCCCAGCACCUCCUUUCACUUUUGCAGAAGAGAACAGGUCUGAAGGAUACUGCACCAUCUCCAACUCUGGACACCAAAUCAUCAGAGGAACUUCAAAACGUUGAAGCAGCAAGCCUUGGCAGUGCACUUGGCAAUUUGAAAGAGGCAAAUUCUGACAGUGUCCCCAAUUCCACUAAACCUUUGACCCUUGAAACACUUUUUGGGACAGCUUUUAUGGAGGAACUACAGUCAUUUGGAGCACCAAUUUCCGUCCAAAUGGGCUCUGUUGGGUCUGCGAGGGUUGAUAUUUCAGAAGAUCAAGGAUUGUCCUUUACUGGAUUAGAUGAAGGCUACCUUUCUUCAACAACUGAAGUUGGAUCUAACGUUACAAUUCGUGAACGUAGAGUUUUAGCGUCAAAUCAAAGGCAAAAAAUGGAAUCUGAUAAGGUUGAAGAGCAUUUGUUAGGCCUUGAUCCUCGUAUUGAAUUGGGUACAUCACAGCGUCAAACUGAAAUAAGGUCUAAACUUGGUGGCUUUGAUGGAUCUAUUGAUAUUCAGCUUCCUGAAGAGGAUAGCUUGAUUACAGUAAGUGAUCCCAUGCAUCUUCAAAAUUACAUGCCAGCCAGGAGCGCUGCUAAAACUGAAUUGUUGUCUGCCCAAGAGACACCAAUUGACAUUGCUGAAAAACUAGCAGCUUUGCAUUCUGUGUUCAGGGAUGAAAGACCAAUUGCAGCAGGUAAUGAGGGUCGGCCUUUUCUUCGUGGUCCUUAUGAUAUUAUUAGAGAGCCUGAUAUUCCUUAUCACAACCCUCAUGUCCAUCCAUCGUCUUCACAACUUCAUACCCCUCAGUUGCAUCGUAUGGGACCCCUAUUCCAUCCACCUGAGCAUCCUGCAAAUAAUAAUUCUCAGAUGAAAUUUAUGGGUCCAGAUGGUGUCAUCGGUCAUGAUCCUCCAGCAAAUUAUCAAUUUCCUGCCAAUGUGCUUCACCCAUCUAUCCAUCAUGCUAGCAGUGGACUUACUGGUUUUGACCAUGCCAGUCAUCAUCCUAUGUUACAACAAAUGAAUGUACCUGGCAAUUUUCCUCCACCUCAAUUACGAGGAUUUUCCAGGGGUGCACCUGUUCCUCCACAUCUCAAUAAUCAAGUGCCUGGAUUCAUGCAGGAACAUAAUCCAGUACCAGGUUUUCCAUUUGCUAACAGGCAACCUAACUAUGGUGGGAUUGGAAUUCCUCCACCAGGCCCUCCUGAUGUAGGUGGAAGCAAUCAUCCAGAAGUGCUCCAAAGACUCAUUGGGGUGGAACGCAGGUCAAACUCAAAGCAGAUUCACCCAUUUGCUGCUACUGCCCAUAAUCGGGGGAUGUAUAGUCAUGAGCUUGAUAUGGGUUUUGGAUAUAGAUAGAAGUUGUUGAUUGGGUUAUGUAUAUUUUGCAUCGGAUCCUCUCUUGGCCAGAUUAUUAUCUUUGGCUUGUGCACCUACUUGUUCUGUUCGCAAUUUAUAUUUCGGGGUGUCUUUGAUCUUCCUCUCUCCAAAUUACAGAGCAAGAGUUUCUUCUCUUAUUUUAUUUUAUUCUAAUCAUCGGGGAAGAGGAGGGAAAAA